AUGGCGAGCCGGUCCUACCGAAUCAGCUCUGGCUACGGGGUCAGGAAUUUUAGCUCCUGCUCUGCCGUCAUGCCCAAGCCGGGGGCUCACAGCUGUGCCAGUGCCAUGGCCUACCGAGGGGGCAGUCCUGGGGGCCCCGGCUACAGGCGCCUCGGGGGCUUUGGCAGCCGGAGUCUGUGUGCAGUGGGGUCCCCGCGGAUCGCAGUGAGUUGUGCGCGCCCCCUACGCAGUGGGGGAAACUUUGGCUACAGAGCAGGGGGCCUUUGUGGGCCCAGCCCGCCCUGCAUCACCACCGUCACAGUCAACGAGAGCCUCCUCACGCCCCUCAACCUGGAGAUCGACCCCAACGCGCAGUGCGUGAAGCAUGAGGAGAAGGAGCAGAUCAAGUGUCUCAACAACAAGUUCGCUGCCUUCAUCGACAAGGUGCGCUUCCUGGAGCAGCAGAACAAGCUGCUGGAGACCAAGUGGCAGUUCUAUCAGAACCGCAAGUGCUGCGAGAGCAACCUGGAGCCGCUGUUCAAUGGCUACAUGGAGACGCUGAGGCGGGAGGCUGAGUGUGUGCAGGCCGACAGCGGGAGGCUGGCCUCAGAGCUCAACCACGUACAAGAGGUGCUGGAGGGCUACAAGAAGAGGUAUGAAGAAGAGGUGGUCCUCAGGGCCACGGCUGAGAAUGAGUUUGUGGUGCUGAAGAAGGACAUAGACAGCGCCUAUCUGCGCAAGGCGGACCUGGAGGCCAAUGUGGAGGCGCUGAAGGAGGAGAUGCACUUCCUGCAGUCUCUCUAUGAGGAGGAAAUCUAUGUCCUUCAGUCACAAAUCUCUGACACUUCGGUGGUGGUCAAGAUGGACAACAGUCGGGAACUCAACAUGGACUCAGUCGUGGCCGAGAUCAAGGCUCAGUAUGACGACGUGGCCAGCCGCAGCCGGGCCGAGGCUGAGUCCUGGUACCAAAGCAAGUGUGAGGAGAUGAAGGCCACAGUGACCCAGCAGGGUGAGAGCCUCCGCAGAACCAAGGAUGAGCUCAACGACCUGAACCGCAUGAUCCAGAGGCUGACAGCAGAGGUGGAGAAUGCCAAGCAGCAGCGCCGCAAGCUGGAGGCCGCUGUGGCCCAGGCGGAGCAGCAGGGCGAGGCGGCCAUCAAUGAUGCCCGCUGCAAGCUGGCGGAGCUGGAGGCCGCCCUGCAGAAGGCCAAGCAGGACAUGGCCUGCCUGCUCAAGGAGUACCAGGAGGUGAUGAACUCCAAGCUGGGCCUCGAUGUGGAGAUCGCCACUUAUCGCAAACUGCUGGAGGGGGAGGAGAGCCGGCUGUGUGAAGGCAUGAGCUCAGUCAACAUCUGUGUGAGCCGUUCCCAGGGCGGUGUGGUCUGCGGAGACCUCAAUGCCACCCUCCCUCAAGGCCUGGGGGGCAUGGCCCUCAGCAGCAGCGCCCUCUGCCCCCCUUCUGUAGCAGGGGCAUGUUCCAGCGUCAGAUCUGUGCGGUUUGCAUAG